AUGGGAAUAACACGUUGUGGAAGACACAAAAAGAGUAAUAGUGGUGCAAAGAGAAAUAAAAUGCAAAAGAAAAGAAAGAAUAUGAUGGGAAGACAACCAUCUAAUACUAAAAUAGGUGAAACGAGAGUUAAAGCUUUGAGAGUACGUGGUGGUAAUUAUAAACAACGUGCUCUUAGACUUAAUUCUGGAGAAUUUUUA